GCUGUGGCUCAGCAAAUGGGCGCAGAGAACGGGGGAUGCACUGAUGAAUGCGGACCAAUGAACGAGCGAGCCACUGGGCGUGGCGACGCCUACAAUGAGAGCGAAUAUAAACCAGAGAGUUUCGGCUCACAGAAGCAGAGAGCGUCUUUCUACUCACGGACUCACAGUACGCGGAAUUUGCUCAGUUUGACCGUUAACGGACUCUGUAAGGACCUUUGUACGAUUUGGAUUACCGCAUUGUUGGGACGUUAUAUCAGGAAUUUAAUAGUACAGCCGCCGUCCGCGCUGUGGAUAUUUCUUCUUAUCCUGGAUCUUGUGGAUUAUUUUACUGACUUCAAUAUGACUUUGGAAGAGGUCGUUGGAUCAAACAGCACCGAGAAAAAGAUGGAGACGGUGAGUCAGGCUCUGGAGGAGCUACUGGUCGCGGCUCAGCAGCAGGACUGUGUCACGGUGGGAGUCUACGAGUCCGCCAAACUCAUGAAUGUAGACCCGGACAGCGUGGUGCUGUGUAUCCUCGCCACUGAUGAGGAGGAUGAAGAUGACAUAGCGCUGCAGAUCCACUUCACGCUGCUGCAGGCUUUCUGCUGCGACAACGACAUCAAUAUCGUGCGGGUGUCCGGCAUGAGGCGGCUGGCUCAGCUGCUGAAGGAGGACACCGAGGACAGCAACAGCAAUGAACCCCGGGACCUGCACUGCAUCCUGGUCACUAACCCUCCGGUGCAGCCUCUGCAGUGCCAAGCCCUGCAGGACGUCGGCAGCUUCUGCGAGGAGAGCCGCUGCAGCAAUCAGUGGGUCCCCUGCCUGGAGCUGCAGGACCGUUGACUGGAGCCGGGCCCAUCCGAGCAGAAUCAGACCGCUGGGGAGCGGUGAGAAAGAGUGAAAACAAUCAAACCUGUGCAAGAGUAAUAGGGUUUGAAUUGUUCUGCUGUACCGGACCGAAUCAAACCGGAAGCCUGGUGGGGUAGGUCGUUUUGACCUUGUGGAGCACGUGAAACGUCGGUGCCGGUAGUGGUUGUGGAAGCUGGACCAGACUGAGCAGGAAGCCCCAGUCAUGGAGCUGCAGAGGGGGAGACGGCGUUGGGGAAAUAUGAGGACUUGAGUGACACAACUGGAUGUCAUGUGAAUGAGCUGAAGAGCUGCACAUAAAGCUCUGGACUACCUGUGCUGCAGGUGUGACAGGUGCUCUGCUCACCUUUUUACUGCACACGAACUUUGUCAUGAUGUGAUGUUACACACUGAUGUGAUGCCUGUUUAAGUAAGCACAUUUAAUAUGAGUCUGCUUGAUACAUGAUGUGAUGGAACAGCCUCGAGUGAGAAGUGAGGCCACAUUGUGACUUAUUCUGUUUGGUCAAUAAAGUGUUGAUGGAAAUAUAA